AUGGAGUGUGGGAAUAUGCAAACACUCGGUGUCUAUUUCACACCCCCUACAUAUCGCGCUUAAUCUUCUACUUCGUCGGCUACCGGCAAAAUCAUGUUCAAUAUCGCCACCAUAACCGCCGCCUUUCCGGCGAUGGGAAUACUGCCCAUUCCGAAUCGGAGAACUUCGCCGUUUUUUGGAGCAUCCGCCGACGUUUUCCCGCCUUUUCUGCUCAAAGAAAUGGAGAAAAUCCAAGACCCGUUUGCUCGAAAGUUGGUUUCGAGAAUCGAAAUGCUGCCAGUAGAGCUUAGCGGCUCUAAGAAUCGCAUUAUGAGUACUUGUGUGAAGCCAAUGGUACAGGACACAGCCACUCCACUUGUUCUACUUCAUGGUUUUGACAGUUCGUGUUUAGAAUGGAGAUACACGCUCCCGCUGCUUGAGCAGGCCGGUUUGGAGACGUGGGCAAUCGACAUUCUAGGAUGGGGCUUCUCCAACUUAGAAACGCUUCCACCUUGUAACGUGGAAACCAAACGAGAUCACCUCUUCCAGUUCUGGAAGUCCUACAUUAAAAGGCCUAUGUUGCUAGUCGGUCCAAGUCUUGGAGCCGCGGUUGCAAUCGAUUUUGCUAUCCAUCAUCCAGAAGCUGUUGAUAAGCUGAUUUUGAUAAAUGCAAGUGUGUAUGCAGAAGGCACAGGAAACCUCUCUAAGUUACCGAAAAGUAUAGCUUAUGCUGGAGUUUCGCUGUUAAAAAGCCUCCCGUUGCGCUUUUAUGCUACUAAUCUUACGUUUACUGCUUUGCCAUUCAGCACAUGCUUAGACUGGACUCACAUUGCUCAAUUACAUUGUCUGUUACCUUGGUGGGAAGAUGCAACAGUUGAUUUUAUGAGCAGUGGGGGAUACAAUGUGUCUGCCCUUAUUAAGCAGGUGCUGAAUAAAACGCUUAUAAUAUGGGGAGAAAAUGAUCGAAUCAUCGACAACAAACUUGCAGUGAGAUUGCAUUGUGACCUCCAAAACGGCAUCAUUCGGCUUAUACCAAAUUGCGGUCACAUCCCACAUGUCGAAAAACCACAUGCUGCCGCAGCCUUGAUCACGGAAUUUGCACCACGCGAGCCGUGCUACACUCUUCCUAAAUUGUGCGAGCGGGAGGACAAGAUUUUAGUUCGUCCAUUCUAGUUGGUUGUUAGCAUUCCCAGAGAGUUUGUAUUGUAUUGUAUUGUUAUUGUGUCGUGUGUCGUGGAUGCAAGUUGAUCGAACCUUUUAUGAGCGUAUGUUACCAACGUUUAAUUGGUGCCAAAAACGUCAAUCUAAUGCAUAUUGAAUUUUAAAACUAUAUCGAUUAACU